AUGCCAUCUAAUACAGUAAAAUUUUGGUCUCUUCUUAUUUUUCUUAUACCAUCUAUUCUUUGUGCAUUAUUUAUCUCAUAUUAUUUAUUAUUUGAUCGCACUUUACGACAUGCUCUUCAUAAUCAUGUUGUGAUUGUACUUCUUCUUAUUGGUUUAUUUUCUGAAAUGACCAAUUAUAUAUGGAUGCUCGUUUAUUAUCAAUAUGCAGGAAUAUGGCAAAGAUCAAAUAUCUUUUGUGCAAUCUGGGGUUUUAAUGAUUGGGCAUUAUAUAUUACUUAUACAAUUUUGUUAGCUUGGGCAACAAUCGAAAGACAUAUUCUUGUCUUUCAUGAUCGAUGGGUAUCAUCAAGAAGAAGACGUUUACUUGUUCAUUAUCUUCCUUUAGUAUGUCUUUUUCUCUAUUGUUUUGUUUUUUAUAUUGUUGUUUACUUUAUUCCACCUUGUGCAAAUAUUUUCUCUCAAACCGGUUACAUAUGUAUAUCUCCAUGUAUAUUUAAUAGUUAUACAUUUAGUAUGUACGAACUAGUAGCUCAUCAAUUUUUACCUUUUCCAAUUAUUGUCAUAUUCAGUAUCGCUUUACUUGUGCGUGUAGUAUUCCAGAAAAAGCGAACACAUCAACCUGUGCAGUGGCGUAAAUAUCGAAAGAUGACAGUUCAAAUGUUGUCAAUUUCAUUGCUUUAUGUUGUUUUGUAUUUUCCUUUCUUAGUAGUUAGUAUUUGUGUAUUAUUCAAUGUAUCAACUGACCUACUCAAUGAGAUUCUUCCUUAUACAACGUUUAUUACUUAUUUCAUUUUCCCACUUUAUCCUUUUGUCUGUGCUCUAUCCUUGUCCGAUUUACGAAACAAAAUGUACCAGAUUUUGCAUCUUCGUCGACCACCAAGACAAGUUGGUAUUGAAACAUUUACAUUACGAGUCCGUGAAAAUAAUCAUACAACUACUAAAACUAACUACUAGAUAUUGUUAUUCCAUGUUCAUUGUUAUCUUUUAAUGUUGUAAUUAAAAUCAAAUAUAAUCAUGCUUAAGUCAUCGUCAAUGACAGAUCUUUUCUCUACGUUGAAAGAAUUGAAAACAAACAGAAUUCAAAUAAAAUGAAUAAUAAUGAUGACAUAAAGUUUUGAAUUGAGAACUAAUUUUAUCGUAAUAAUUCUAUGAACUUUAAGCCGUAUUUAAACUAAAUGAUAAUAUCUAUUGUCCUAAUACUUCUGCUGGUUUAUUUGUGAGUCAGUGCUCGAAUGACUUUAAAGGUACAUCGAUACUAAUGAACAUCAAUUCGAACAUUUGAAUUGAAUUGUUUUAUAUAUAAUUUAUAUAAUAAACUUUCUUUUAAUUCUUUCAUGUCACUAUCUGAAAAAGGAGACUUUGAAAUGUAUAUCGGUUAUCUUACAGCAUGUUGUAUAAUCGUUAACAAGCGAAAAAUCUUUAUCGAUGUUGAUAAUAACAUAUAGAACCAGUGAUUUCUACAUGUUUCUCAUUUGGAAGAGAAAAUUUAAAUAAGCCCUUAUCAGUUGUAAAAGUAUGAGGUCGUAUGAUUCACAUUCAGUGAAGAUAUUUUAAUUUCUUAUCAGAGUGUUACUUUUGACUCAAUAUGGAUAUGACUUGUGUAAGCAUAGAAUUUCAAGCAAACGUACCAUUCUCAAUUAAUAUUAAAUUUUGUCGUUUUUUCUACUAUAUCUAUUAAUUCUGGAAGUUAUUCAUAAUCAUACAAACAUAAUGAUUGUAUCUCAAUAUCAUAUUGGAGAGAAUCAAAAUCAUGUCGCACAAUUGAUGAUUUUAAAGCAACAAUCUUUGUAUAAAGAUAAUUUCGCGAAAUGUUGAAUGUUCAAACACUGAUAAGAAGAAUAAAUUAGAUAAAAACAAUCACAACGCAAUUGAGAGACAAUAUUAAUCGAUAUUUAUAUAUUGAUAGAUAACUAAUUCAACCAUAAUGAGAAUAAAUGACGAGCAAUAAAUAAGGCUUAUGCAAUGACAGAUGUCGUUUUCUAACAGAAACUAAAAGCCAUACGUUUU